AUGUGUACUUGGUUGGAAAGAGACUUUGAUGAAGAGGAAUGCUUGUUAGCAAUCAAAUCUUUGGGUCAAAAUAAAGCUCCAGGGCCAGAUGGUUUCCCUGUGAGCUUUUACUUACUUUGUUGGGAUAUCUUGAAAGAAGACUUUAUGAAAGUUUUGCAAGAUUUACAAGAAAGAAGUUUUCUUGAUUGGAGACUCAAGAAUACUUUUAUAGCUCUUAUUCCUAAGAAGGAUACAAUUGAAGAAAUUAAAGAUCUCAGGCCAAUUAGUUUGGUUCAUGGAUCUUAUAAGAUACUCUCAAAAUUGUUGGCAGAAAGGUUCAAAGUAAGUCUUCCCUCAGUUAUUUCUCAGCACCAAACAACUUUCAUUAAAAAAAGGCAAAUUUUAGAUGGAGUUCUAAUUUCCAAUGAGCUUAUUGAUUCUAGAACUAGAAGUGCAAAACCUGGUUUGUUAUGCAAAUUAGAUUUUGAAACGGCCUUUGACCAUGUUAAUUGGGAUUUUAUAGAUGAAAUUUUGAAGUUAAUGGGUUAUGGAGAUAAAUGGAGGAGUUGGGUCAAAUGUUGUGUUGAAUUUGUGAAAUUCUCUGUCUUGGUGAAUGGUAGUGCAUCUGGCUUUUUCACAAAUGCUAAUAUUGAACAAGUGAAAAAUCUUAGACUGAUUCUUCUUUCUUUUGAGCUAUUAACUGGCCUGAAGAUAAAUUUUUCUAAGAGUCAAAUUUUUGGAGUUGGCUUUGAUGGAGACUUAUCACAAUUCUGUGACAUUCUGGGGUGUUAUUCUUGUAUGCUCCCAACUAUUUAUUUAGGUCUUCCUCUUGGAGAUAAUUGCAUAGGUGUAGAUAAAUGGGACAAGAUAGUAGAUAAAUUCAUUGCAAAACUUGUUGGUUGGAAGAAAAAGCUUCUCAAAAGAGCAGAAACAAUUAUGAGGAAUUUUUUGUGGCAUGAUAAUGUGGGAAGAAGGAAAAUACAUCUUGUGAAAUGGGAUGCUAUUUGUAUAAAGAAGAAACAUGGGGGUCUUGGAGUGAAAAACUUAAAAAUAAUGAAUCAAGCCUUACUUUGUAAAUGGUCUUGGAGGUUUGCUAAAGAAGAAGAUGCUAUGUGGAGAAAAAUUGUAGCUGAAAAAUAUGGUACUGGAGAUGUUCAAUGGAUGGCAAAGGUUCCUAAUUGCUCAUAUGGUAGUUCAGUGUGGAGGGCUAUUAUGAAUCAUAACUCUUUCUUUCUUAAGCAUGUGAGAUUUAAAGUUCAUUCUGGUUCUUUACUCAGAUUUUGGAAAGACAAUUGGCUAUAUGACACUCCUAUUAAAGACUGUUAUCCUCAUCUUUAUAAUGUUUCUAGAUCAAAGAAUCACAAAGUGGAUGAAAUGGGUGUGACUGAAGAAAAUGGUGUUGUUUGGAAUCUUAGAUCUCCAAGAAGAUUGUUUGGUGCUGCUGCAAUGGAACAUGCUAUUCUUGUCUCUGAUUUGGCUUCUUUCACUUUCACUCCUGAUCUUGGGGAUGAAUUGCAGUGGAAUCUUUGUGCAAGUAAGGUUUACUCUGUCAAAUCUUUAUAUGAUUUCCUUAGUGUUAUUGAUGCAGACACAGCAGAGAAACCAGUUUUCUCUUUUAUCUGGAAGCAGAAGUAUCCACCAAAGAUUGGUUUUUUCUUGCGGACAAUUGCACAUGGAAGAUUACCUACUAAAGACUCUUUAAGAAGAAAAAGAAUGGAUGUUCCAGUUGACUAUGCCGUGUACUCCUGGCAUCUGAAACAAUCUUCAAAGGCUUUGACUUAUUUAUGGAAUUUAAUCCCUGCUGCAGUUCUUUGGUGCAUCUGGAAAGAACGAAACGCAAGAGUCUUUACUGAUAAGGUCUGCAAUGAGGUGGAUGUGACAAAUAAAGCUAUUUACUGUCUCUAUACUUGGUCCUCAGUUAUCAAAGAGUUUGAGCACUUAUCCUCAACUGAUGUCAUGGAAAACUGGCACAAUUCUUUCUUUGAGUCUUACUAG